UUUCAAGAAUCCAAGAACCAGACAGAGGAAUAUACUUCUGCAGAGCAUCAAAUCCUUAUCUGGGCCGUUCAGUAUCCUCUGGAAAACUGUAUCUAAACGUGUUGGUCCCACCUGUCGUCACAGUGUCACCACAGUUGAACACGGUGUUGCUGGGAUCAGGAGCCUCAUUCCAGUGUCACACCUCGGGACAGCCAUCUCCCUCCGUUCACUGGUACAGACAAGGCCAAGCUGUCGGGGCAGGAGGAAGGAUUACACUAGGGUUUAAAAACCAGACGUUGUACAUUUCCUCGGUACUUGCCUAUGAUGAGGGAGCGUACACCUGUGAGGCAACGAAUCUAGCAGGGCAAUCCCGAGAGACAGCUAUCCUGCAAGUGGCAGCUCCUGUUCCACACCAUGAGAUUGCCUCAGAAGUGUCUUACGAUAUAACUACAACUCUGACAGUAGAGCCGCCAAGCUCGACUGGCCUUGAGGACACAACAGCACCCUCCGAAACACUUGCUGGCUCAGCUGGUGCACAACACUUCCCUGUUACAGUACCUUCAUUGAGUUUAAAAGACCCAGACUUCACUGCUUCAUUCAGCCCUAGACCCCUACUUCCGAUACCACUAAAGUCCACCCAGCUACCUGCCCCUGCCCCAAUACCCAUCCAAAAUGCUGCCGUCAUGGCAGACUUUAACACACCUGAGGUCAAAAGUUCUUCUCAAUUAGAGCUAGAAACUCCCCAGACCAUCACAGCUCUUCAGCCUCUAUCUGAGGCUCAGACUCAGCCACCUGAUGCAUACUCCCACCUUACUACAGGAGGCAGCCUGCACUCCGUCCAAACGGAGCAUCUUCAAAACCGGUCUGGCAACUCGUCAAAGCCGGGUAACUCUGAACUGACAGAAUGGCCAAAGAAGAAUACGUCUCAAUCGCCCAUGAGGACAAGCGAUGAUAUGACAUGGGACAAGAAGUCGUGGUUCCCAGUUCUGGAGAAGCAUGACAUUCCCAUUGUUGUGGGGGUUGGAGUCUCCCUUGCUCUGAUAUUCAUAAUGAUGGGUUUUUACUCCCUAGUCCAGAAAAAUGAAACUGCGCCACCGGCAGGCAGAGGCUGGCUGCGCAAUUCAGAUGCCUCAAACAGAAACAGCAGCAAACCAGAAAUGGCAAGAACAUAUGAGAACAGAGCUUUUGAAGAUGAUACUGUGGUGGCAGUCAUCGAGCAGAGCCCCUACAAAACCACUUCCAGAUCCAGCCAGUCUGAGCCCAACACUAUCACAGUGACGGCAGAGCUCACACCCAACACACAGCAGGAGAGUCUGGAACCCAUCUUGGAACACAGCGGCGAGACACUGCUGGAAGCAGGCCUGGAGCUGGAAACCGAACUGCCUGCUCACAAUGAGAAGAAUUCCACCCUGCUGAACCCUGGAAUCAGUCUGAAGUGUCUAGCUGCCUGGACAGGUAACACUGAAAGCAAUGAAGAGGCUGAGCCCUCAGUCACUGCAGUGGGCCACGGCAGCACUAACCCUAUGCAGCACCAGGAAGCCGAGGCGAUGGCCCAUCCAAACCCAGCUUCCCUCGAGGAAGGGGUGCACACAUCCUUUACCUUCCAGACGUCUGAACCGAGCGCGAGCAACACCACCCCCAUCAGACACAACAUCAACAUCUCCCGCAGUCUGCUUGCUCCACUGGUCCUGUCACACAGCGUGUCAGUGAACGAGCGGAACAGCCCAGGGAUAACCACAGUGGCUGUGGAUGUACACUUUUACUCGGGUACAUCUGCUCCAUCGUCUCUACCAGGCCUGGUUCAGAACUCUGGAACCACAUACUGUCCUCCUUCCUCCAAUGGGCAGACACCCUUUCCUGAAUAUGACCAGCAGACCUCUUCAGUGCAUUAUGUGCAAAGAACGUGCUUAUAAGAGUGCAGAAAACCUGGGCUGGAGAAUAAGUAUGUGUUCAAGAUAGAAAAUGGACAGAUCAAUUCCAAAACUAAAAUAGCAUAACCUGUAAGGGGACUUUUCUUCUGCAAUAGAAGAUCUGGAAUUUAUUUAUUUUUAAUACCUGAGUGGGGCUUUGUUAACAUCACAGAAGAGACAAUACAGCUGACAUAGAUAAUAGCAUUUUUGAUACAUGGUUUAGAUCAUUAAAAAGAUCUGAUUUAUCAAGAAAGCAUAGAUACUUUCUUUACUUUCAUCACUUUAAAUGUCAUUAGAUUGUAUUAUAUCUUCAGAGAUGGUUUUUACGUGCACUUUGAACUGUUUUCACAAUUUAAACCUUAUUUAAAUUUAAACCUUAUUAGGAACCACAAAAACAUUGAUUGUAAGUCUGUCUAAAGACUUAGGAGGGGGGGGGGGGGGGGCUGGGCUCUUGCCUCCAGGGUUCAGCAGCGGGGUAACAUUGACAUUGACUAUUGACAUGCAUUUCAUAUUGCAUUCAUUAGAAAAAAAAAUGGGAGAGUAAUCUGUGGUGUGCACACAGUAUUGUUUGAAAUCUGAAAGCAUUUAGGUGGGUAGUACAGUACAUGCCAACAGUAGCAUAGUUCAUUAGCGCUGACCUGCAUUAUCACACCACCAACUGACUGUUAGCACUUCAGCAAUUAUACCAAAGCAAUCUUACAAGCUACAUUACUUAAAGUCCUUCUGUAUGUAUACUGGCAAAGCCCCUCAGUACUGCAGUGGAGACAGGAAAUCAAAGGUCUCCAGGUUGCGUGUGACGUUUAGUACAGUAAUGUUUAAGGAACACCCAAAUGGUUUUAAAUUACAAUUUCUUGUAAAACUUUCCUUUAUUUCAUUUGCUUAAACAGGUUAUCGUAUAUUUACUGGCUUUUCAGUACCCAUUGCAUUAGCUGUAACCAGAUAAGACCAUUGAAAUGAUUAAGCAUAGUUUUAUAUAUACAAAUCUCAAAGGCUUUAUAGCAGUCUUGUGAAAGCUUCAAACUGUGAAACAUCAUGAAACUUUGUUAUGAGUAAAAAAAAAAACAGAAGGGCCAGUCAAACAAAGAUUAAAGCUGAUAAUCUUGUGAGCUUUGGAUAAACAUUUUUUUAAAGAAUAUUUACAAGAAUGAAGGAAAUUCUAAGUCAUCAGCAUUUCUUAAUGACCAGCCAGAUUAGCUUCUGCAGUAAAUUGUGCAGUGAAACAAUCUGUGCUGCUUUUAGCAUGGUACUGAAGAAUAUUACAGUAGUCAGCUUGCGCAGAGAUUUGUAUCACUUUGUUUACUUAAGAGUUCUGUUCAUGUGAGAUAAAAC